CCACAUCAUCUCAGUGGCAGAAUAAUCAGUCACCCUGCUAUCCAAAUCCAGCUGGACCUUUUGUCCGUACUUUUCCGUCCAAAACAAAUUUUACAACUUAUGAACAGAUUAGACCACAGUCUGAACAAAACAGAAAAACACAACGAACUUACCUAGCUGAACAGCAAUCAGUUAAUAGCUCGGAAGAAGAAUCAAAUGAGACUGAAACUGAUGGAUCCGAA